UUGUGUGUUUACGAAAUACUUUUAAUGAUGAAUCAUCAAUAUAAAGAAGCUUUUAUUCAGCAGACCAACAGAGUGAGUGUUUGACCUCUCCUAACCCAGUCAUCUAACCAUAAUCCGGGGAACAAACACCCAGCCUGUAGUUGUGGUCACCGUGGUUGUCCAUAAACCAGAGCUUCCGCGCGCCAUGACGCGCGCACAGAGAGUGGGAGUGGGGAAAGUGAAGGAGGGCGGGCGAGAGGGUGAGAACAAAAUCUCUGUUCUCCAAACCCACCAGUCACUGUCCUAAAACAGGAGAAGAUCAUCAUCAUCUGCAGCAGCAGCAGCGUGAGCCUCUCUCUCUCUCUCUCUGUGUGUCUCUCUCUUCGCCCCUACCUCCACCUCCACCUCCUUCCAAACUCAGACGUCCAGCGUGAGCGCAGCCAAACACCAUGGAUGAAACAGCUCACGAGGCGGAGCGGAGAAACUGAAGCCGGCGCUUAAAGUUUCACCUGCUGAAUAGAACUACUCUGAGCGAAGGGCAAGUCGCACAACUUUCACGAGCCUUCUUCUCCAUUUUCGGCCACUUGGUGAUCCAAACUUGUCGCCCCGUCUCUUGGGAUUUGCCUGGAUUCCGCGCCGUGUCUUUUUAUGUUGAACCGGGGAGACGCGUAGGUUUCUGGGUGGUCCGCUAUCAAGGAAGGUGUCAUGCAGGUGCUCGCUUGGACCACGCUGCUCCUCUGCCAGUGGAUCCUGCGGAGGGUCCAUGGGUUGGAGAAGCAAGUGGACUUCUCAGAUCUGGGUCCAGUGGGAUCGGUGAUGAAAACUCUUCCAUAUGGCAUGGGUGGAGGCACAGUGGGAGGAACAACAGGAGGGGUCGUUAAGCCUCCAUACCAAACCCGUAUCUUCUCCACUUCCAUCGACCAGACACCCAUCAAGUCCAAGCCGCCCACUUACAGUUUCUACAACCCCUACGACCCAAACCGAAACCAGUCGCUGCUCCUGGAUCAGACAGGCUAUCGCUCUAAGCGCAAGCCAUCGCAUAAGACCUCCACGAAGACCAAGAAGAUUUUUGGCUGGGGUGAUUUCUACUUCAAUGUCAGGACCUUGAAGUUCAGCUUGUUGGUGACAGGGAAGAUUGUGGACCAUAUCAACGGAACAUUCACCGUUUACUUCCGUCACAACUCCUCAAGCCUGGGGAACGUUUCGGUCAGCAUCGUGCCACCGACCAAAGUGGUGGAGUUUGAGGUCCUCCAGCAGCAGCAGCCACAUCUGUACCCUCACACUCAGCAAGACCUCCAGAUCCAUGACAACCAGCAGACCACUCUUGACCCCAAAGAGACAAAGACAUUCAACUGUCGGGUGGAGUACGAGAAAACCAACAGAUCCAAGAAGCCCAAACCCUGCUUGUACGACCCGUCUCAGACCUGCUUCACGGAACACACCCAGUCUCACUCUGCCUGGCUCUGUGCUAAACCCUUCAAGGUGAUCUGCAUUUUCAUCUCUUUCUUCAGCAUCGACUACAAGCUGGUUCAAAAAGUGUGUCCGGACUACAACUUCCAAAGUGAGCACCCUUACCUUGGAUAAGUAAGUGAGACUGAGCUGAGAAAAUAUAUGAUGUAUGGACCAUAUUAAUGUCAAAGAUGAUGAAAACUAUGAUAAUGAUGGAAAUGAUAGUCAUAUUGAUUACAGUAAAGACGCAGGGGGCAGUUUUUUUGCCCCUCGACUGCUGUGAAUUGUGAAUAUAAAACAAUUGUAAUCGCAGUUACUGAUGGUAAAAAUGUGGUUGAUUUCUCUCUGAAUUAUUUUCCAACUUUGUAUAUAUGACUUUAGUUUCUAUUUAUUUCUUUACAUGUUCCCUGUAAAUACUGUACUCAUACUGGGACAAAAAAAACCUUUAUUGUUUCUAGAUAUUUGUUUCUCAAUGUUAUUACUUUUUGCAGUUAGGGAAGACGGUUGGAAAAAGCUGGAAUCAUUAUAAUGCCUUCGGAUUACACAGUAAACCUCGGAAACGUGUGAAUGUGCCGUCACUUUAAGGCAGACAUAAUGUUAUGGUAGACUGACUGUUAAUCAUCCACCUCAACCAUAUGUUUCGAACCCUGGAUGUAGGAGAGUUAUAUGUAUGAGAAACGCUAUGCUGGAAAUGCAUACAAUAUACUGUAUGAAAAAGCACAUUAAAAUCUCUU